GGGCGGGCGGUGAGGACACAGUGCGGCCGGGCAGGAUGGAGCCGCUGCCCGAGCUCUACGCCAUCUUCCAGGGGGAGGUUGCUACUGUCACAGAAUAUGGGGCGUUUAUAAAAAUCCCAGGCUGCAGGAAACAAGGACUUGUUCAUAAGACUCACAUGUCAUCCUGCCGUGUGGACAAGCCCUCAGAGAUGGUAGAUGUUGGAGACAAAGUAUGGGUCAAAGUUAUUGGUAAAGAGAUGAAGGAUGACAAACUGAAACUGUCCCUCUCCAUGAAGGUCGUUAACCAAGGGACGGGAAAAGACCUGGAUCCAAACAAUGUUUCCCUUGAUCAGGAUGAGAGGAAGAAACGUACGUUCAGAGACUAUACUAGUCAAAAGAUCACUCUCGAAGCUGUCUUGAAUACUGUGUGCAAGAAAUGUGGUUGCAAAGGUCAUUUUGCCAAGGAGUGUUUCAUGCAGCCUGGAGGUACCAAAUAUAGCCUGAUUCCAGAAGAGGAGGAAGAAGGGGCAGAAACAGCAGGACUUGAAAAAAAUAAAAAGAUGAGCCUGACUGAUGAUUCUUCAAAAAAAAGGAAAAAGGAGAAAAAGAAGAAAAAGAAACAUAAGAGUAAACAGUCUUCCGAGUCCGAUUCAGACAGCUCCGACUCGGACAGCGAUGAGGCUCAGCCAGCCAGCAAGAAGGCCAAACAUUCGGGGAAAAGCAGCAAGGCUCAGAAGAAGAAGAAGAAAAAGAAGCAUAAGAAGAAGCACAAGGAGUGAGCGAGCAGAUGCACAGGGAACUGACAUAGCAAAUUCCUGGAAAAUACUGCUGGGAGAGCAGGACUGAAUCACUUCCUUGCCCCAAGGGCAAGGUGUUUCCUUCUGAAACUAAUGCUCAACCUGUGAUGUUUGAGACUUUGAUACUCGUUUUCACCAUCACCUUUAGAUGUGGGCUGCUGUUUUCUCCCACUGAGUCCAGUGGGCAUGCCUAGAAAAAACAGGCUAAUUCCCCCUGUUCAAUAGCACCUCUCCCCUCCUGUAGCCCCCAGUUUUGCUGGCAAGACCCUGGUGCUGCGCGCGGCUGCUUAGGACAACAGCAGCCCGGUAAGGAGCCUGCAUGCCACCCAUCCCCGGCUCUGCUUGCCUGUAAAAGGUGGAGCCCUGCAGCCCGUCCGUGCUUUUCCCUACCAAUCCGUGCAGAGAGCUGCAGGGGGAGGUGCUGCCAGACCCCCAGUGGUUUGUUGGAUCAGUGUAAGAAUGCAGGGCCUGAACCACAGCCCAGUGCCCUCAUCUCAAACAGCUCCCGGAAAGGACAGCUGAUCUCCCUGCUGUUGCCUGUUUCCUUUCCCAGCAUAAAGCAGGAUUAUAACCACCUCCACGCUGGAGGGGCUUCAUUCAUGGUAACGGUGUGGAGCUGUAUGGUAUAAAAACACUCCCUCCAUUUCAUUCAUUUUCUCAGCAAACAGCCAGAGUGGGAAACUCAGAAGUAGCG